UAGGUCGAAUGGGUUAUCGCCUCACCCGCCAGUACGUCCGUAUAUAUAAGAAGUGCUUUGUCCACCAAAUAUCACAGUGACACACAAAUUCGCGUUAAUAGGACAUCGUAUACAUUUAGUGCAAAUUUUUAAGUACGAAAAAAAAUGAAGACAGCUGUGAUAUUUUUGGGCGUGAUUGUAGCCAUGGCUUCAGCUCGCAACGGCGUUCAAGUCGCUGAGAACUCCGGCUACAAUCAGAACGGUGGCUUCCAAGUUGAUCCCGGCUUUGGUAAACCAUCAUUUGGACAGGGGCAAGGUUCCAUAGACCCAGGAUUUGGAAGGCCCACAUAUGGGAACGGAAACAACGGCCAAAUUGUUGACCCUGGAUUCUACCGUCCCUCGGUCGGGCAACCUCAAGAGGGGGAAGAUUCCCGGAAACCACCGAACGGUCCUAUCGUUGAUUUGGGAUUUGAGCCGCCAGUAGUCAUUGAUGCAGGGUUCCAGCCUCCGAGUGGUUCAGUGAUAGUGGACCAGGGAUACCAGCCACCAGGUUCAGUGAUAGUGGACCCGGGUUUCCAGCCACCAGGUUCAGUGAUAGUUGAUCCGGGUUCACCAUAUCCAUCAGUACCUCCGUGUAUACAUCCUCCACCAUCAGUUAUUCAACCUGGCAUUGAGCUUCCACCAGUCGUCGAUGCAGGGUUUCAGCCACCCCCAGUUAUCGUUGACCCUUGGUUUCCACAACCGUCAGUAGUGCCACCGUGUUGGUACCCUCCUUCACCAGGCAUUGAACUUCCACCAGUCGAACUUGAUCCUGGAUUUAAUCCACCUCCAGCUGUCGGUAGCAACAGACCUUCUCCUUCUUCCUUCUAUCCGGGACAGAACCAACAUCAAAUAAUCGACUCCGGGUUUUACAGACCUUCAGUGAACCCAGGACAAAAUCCCCCCCAGAUCAUUGAUCCUGGAUUCAAUGUUCGCCCUCAACCAGGGUAUGGACACUAUGCCCCAUCACAUCCCAACUUUGGUCAAACUAACUCUGGAUUGCCACAACCUGGAUUUGGACCUACUUUUGUCAAUGAACAACCCCAAAACAACGGCGGAUGGCCCCGUAAGCAAUACAAUAACCCCGCCCUCCGCGGUGGAAAGUAAAUGCUUCACACUGAA